GCAGAUCGACCCGGUACCUGCCGAAUUCAAGGCGAGCCGACUGGGGCCAGUUUCCAGGGCGCAGCCCAGACCGGGCCGGAGUCCGCGCGCGCUGGGGCUGGAGGGGCCGCCGCCGGCUUGGGGGCGCAACAGGGUUUGGGAGAAGGGGGAGGAAGGCAGGCCACUUGGCGGGCUUUGUUUUUGGUUCGGGCAGAUCGCGGACGCGAAGCCAGCCGGAGCGCUCCCGCGCGCUAAUUGGAAGGGGAGGGAGUGACUCGGGUUACACCAGCGCGACCUUCCCUCCCGGUAACUGCUAACUUGUAGCUUUAAAAGGAAGUGACAUGAGUGGGGAGAGACGUCAGCUGAGGACCACUUUUUUUUUUCCUUCCCGAAGGGUCCACCCCAUGGGUGGAGUCUCGCCUUUUCUCCCCAGUGCUGGCCGACUCGCAGCCCCAUGAACUAGCGGCAGUCUGCGCGCGGCGGCUCCGUCUCGGCUCCUGGCCGCCGGGUUCGUGCGCCCGGGGCUGCCAGGAAGGAGGAAACCUAAACACUUCUCAAGAUGUGAUACUGACCCUGUGACCAGGCUGAGGGGAAGUAACACGUAAUGCUUUAUGGGGGCGAGAUGCUUGGAAUAAAGUUGUAGAGAAUGUCUGAGAAUUCACACUGGUACAACGGGACCCUCUGCCCGGCUUUGCCUGGAAGUCUCCAUGUUUAUCAGAUGGGUCUUGGCUCUGGUCUGAACUUAGCGCGAUAUUGAAGCUCAACAAGUAUGAGCAACAAAUGGUCACUCCCCAGUAGGAGUCUCAAUUUUCGUUUUUGUGCCUUGUUCUUAGAUGGAGUUCCCAGGCUGUUCACUCUCAUUAAGACAAUUUCCUGAGUCCUGGAGCUUUCUUCCUUCUGGAAUUAUCCUACUGCGGGUAUUUAUUUAUUUUUGAAUAAAGGCGGCCGCACAUCAUGGACCUCGUUGGAUUGCUGAAGUCUCAGUUCCUAUGCCACCUGGUCUUCUGCUACGUGUUCAUCGCCUCGGGCCUGAUCAUCAACACCAUCCAGCUCUGCACGCUCGUGCUCUGGCCCAUCAACAAGCAGCUCUUCAGGAAGAUCAACUGCAGGCUGUCCUAUUGCAUCUCAAGCCAGCUGGUGAUGCUGCUGGAGUGGUGGUCGGGCACCGAGUGCACCCUCUACACCGACCCGCAGGCCUACGCCAAGUACGGGAAGGAGAACGCCAUCGUGAUCCUGAACCACAAGUUCGAGAUCGACUUCCUGUGCGGCUGGAGCCUGGCCGAGCGCUUCGGGGUCCUGGGGGGCUCCAAAGUCCUGGCCAAGAAAGAGCUGGCCUACGUCCCGAUCAUCGGCUGGAUGUGGUACUUCACCGAGAUGGUCUUCUGCACGCGCAAGUGGGAGCAGGACCGCAAGACGGUCGCCACCAGCCUGAUGCACCUCCGCGACUACCCUGAGAAGUACUUUUUCCUGAUCCACUGCGAGGGCACCCGCUUCACGGAGAAGAAGCACCAGAUCAGCAUGCAGGUGGCCCAGGCCAAGGGGCUGCCCAGCCUCAAGCACCACCUGCUGCCACGCACCAAGGGCUUCGUCGUCGCCGUGAGGAGUUUGAGAAAUGUAGUUUCAGCUGUAUAUGACUGUACACUCAAUUUCAGAAAUAAUGAAAAUCCAACACUGCUGGGAGUCCUAAACGGAAAGAAAUAUCAUGCAGAUAUGUAUGUUAGGCGCAUCCCGCUGGAAGACAUCCCGGAGGGCGAGGACCAGUGCUCAGCCUGGCUCCACAAGCUCUACCAGGAGAAGGAUGCCUUUCAGGAGGAGUACUACAGGACGGGCACCUUCCCUGAGAGCCCGCUCGUGCCACCGUGGCGGCCCUGGACCCUCGUGAACUGGCUGUUCUGGGCCUCGCUGCUGCUCUACCCUUUCUUCCAGUUCCUGGUCAGAAUGGUCAGCAGCGGGUCGUCCUUGACACUAGCCAGCUUUGUCCUCGUUGUCUUUGUGGCUUCCAUGGGAGUUCGGUGGAUGAUCGGCGUGACAGAAAUCGACAAGGGCUCUGCCUACGGCAACUUCAACAGCAAGCAGAAACAGAACGACUGACUCAGGGAUGUGUCACCAUCCAAAGGGAACCGGUGGCCUCUGCAUACCCUCCUUCCUGGGACAUGGUGGCGAAGGCUGGGGGAGCAGAGUCUCGGCCUCUCCAGCCUGCGAGUUUGGUCUCAGAGCCGGGCGGGAGGAAGAUGCUCUUAAGUCUCUUUUCCCCACGUGCUUUAGCGGGCUUCGGUUUUCUUUCUUUUUGUGUGUGUGAGAAUGGGUGUGUGGUCGAGCGGGCCGCCUCCUGUGAUCGCUCCAAGGGUGUUUCAGGCUGCAGCGGAGGCAGGGCUGGGGGCCGAAAGGGGCAAGUGUCCCCUUUCAUCCUUUGGUGCUGAGUUUUCUGUAACCCUCGACUGCCAGAGUGAAAAGCGCUUUAGGUAACAUGACUAAAUUAAGCCUCCCAAAAAAAGGAAAAUUAAAGUGCUUGUCUGGGUCA